UGUCAAUGCAGCUUGUCUCUGUAUUUUCUUUUUGUAUCUGCAGCACAGAAAAAACAAACACGGUGCCAGUAGUAAGAAGCUAAUAUUGGCUACAAAGGGCAGCUGACCUCUAUAUAUUUAGUACCGGACCAUUGCAAAGGAGCGAUUUUAACCGUGGCAUGGGGUGGCAUUCCCUUUCCGCAAAGGCUUGUGGAUAGUGAAGAAGGCAGGGACGUGUGUGUGUGUGUGUGUGUGUGUGUGUGAGACGGAGAGAGAGAGACAGAGGGGAGUGUAGUGGUGUGAAGCCUCAGUUCAGUAGCCACCGCCGUUGGAGGUACAGAGCUUUCUGCAGUCAAUCAGCAUGUUUCUUCUCACACUUGGACUGUAUUUACCUCUUCUCCUUCACUAUGCUUCGUCACACUCCUUCAUGGACAACAUUUUCUCCUUUCCAGCAGAUCUGGAAGCACUGGAACCCAGGAAGAAAUUUAACCCAUGCUGUUUACUGACUCCGCCUCCACCGCCGCUGUUCCCCCCACCCCCUUCGCUGUGGCACAAGCCUCGGGGUGAUCAUGGCAAUGCAUGGAGAGAAGGAAGUACAGGAGAAUCACAAGAUCAACAGGCAACAUGCUCUACCUGCCGGGUGGGAGCGCCCGGGCCAGCCGGACCGGCCGGACCACAGGGUCCGCCUGGAUUGCCAGGACCAAAGGGACCAAAAGGAGAAAAGGGAGAAAUUGGGAGACCUGGACAAAAGGGACGCACUGGCUCCCCAGGCUUGCCAGGGCGACAGGGACCAAAUGGAUGGCCAGGACCGAGUGGACCCAAGGGUGAGAAAGGUGACUCUGGACUGAUGGGCCUGCCUGGAACACGAGGACCAAUAGGACCCAAGGGAUUGCCUGGAUACAAAGGAGAAAAGGGCUCACAAGGUGACAGAGGAGACCCCGGCCAAAAGGGACAGAAGGGCACAAUGGGUCUGCCAGGAAUGCUUGGCCAGAAGGGUGAAAUGGGCCCAAAAGGGGAGUCUGGAAUGACAGGAAGCAGAGGACCCACUGGGCAACCAGGGAAAAGAGGCAAGCAGGGUCCAAAGGGAGACACUGGUCUCACAGGGCCAAUGGGACCAGCUGGCCCACAAGGACUCCCAGGUCAUCCAGGUCCUCCUGGUCUGCCGGCUUCAGGGCUGUAUGUGGUGGGGCCAAAAGGGGAGAAGGGGCAACCAGGCAGCCCCGGUCAUUGUGGCUGUAACUCUCUUGUGAACAUGAACAAUCCUUCAAGCUCAUUUGACCAGCCAUCUAGGAGCAGCUACCCUAGAGUGCCAGCGAUUUUUGUGGUAAAUAAUGAACAAGAACUGGAACGUCUACGCACUGAUAAUGCCCUCGCUUUCCGUAAAGAUCAGAGGACUCUAUAUUUCAAGGACACUGAUGGAUGGUUGCCAAUUCAGCUAACACCAUUUCAGUCAACUGAACAUGCUCCAGAUCAGGAUGGUUUCUGCGGAGACGGCAUUGUGCAGGUGGAAAAUGGAGAGGAGUGUGAUGACGGAAACAAGGUCGUCACAGACGGCUGUGUCAAGUGCAGACAUGCCCACUGCGGUGACGGCUAUCGGUACGAUGGAGCUGAGGAAUGUGAUGGAAAAGACUUUGGUUAUCAAACCUGCAACUCUUAUCUCCCUGGAUCGUAUGGUCAUCUUAAAUGCACCGUCGACUGUUUCAUUGACUCCACAAGCUGCAAGUAUUUUACAUGAGGAGACCAGAAAAAAAAAACCACCAAGCCCCAUAUUGUCUUGUGGAAGUAGCUGGGAACAAGACUGAAGGCACUGCAAACAAACAGAAUUAAAAUACGUUGAUCUGGGGGUACGGGGGGAUACAAACAUGCAUAUUAUACUAGUUUGUUGCAAUGCUGCUGUGAAAAGCAAAGCCACAUAUUUCAUAGGAAAAAGAGCACUUUGCUCUGUCAAGGCAACCGCACAGGACCCAUUGCUCUCUGUCUUAAGGACUCAACCAGGAUGCUGUUCUCUGUUCUGUUCAGCCUUCUCUCUGUGGUGCUGGACACCUGUUUGACAUUCUGCUUAGAUGGUUUGCCAUGAAUCUGCUGUUUCAAAAAGGCAAGCCUGGACUAGACUCAAUACCUCAAAGUACAACUUUUCCACAAGGAGGCCAUUUUCUAGUGGGCCACCCCUCCAUCUCUUUCCCAGGGUGCUGUGUUGUAUUAGGAUUGCAACGUGAACCAAUCCACAUCUUGCAUGGGGGCUGGGUUGGUUGAAGUAUGGUGUGACGGGCUUCAUUCAUCUAAGGCCAAACAACUCACCUGACUCAAUAAAGUUACAGAUAAAAACCUUAUGGCCUUGACCAAAUCAAGAAACAAGGCUUCAAGCUGGAGUGCCUCAGUAAAGGAGUGGGUAAAACCAGCUGGCAGUGUUUUAGACCUUAGUGAACUAAAGUUCAGUGGCUUUCUUCUGCGGUGCUAAGCCAAGCAAACCAUCAGAGAAGCUGCAAGGUCAAAGAAGCACUGGCCAAAAAAAAAAAAAAAAACAAUAGAAGGAAUUAACUAGUGGUCAUAAUGUUCCUUAUGUGGAAGUCCUUGGACUACAGCCAUGUUAAGGUCAGGGUUGGGUUUUUAGCUAGACACUAUCAUUCUUACCUCAGGAACUCUCUGAGUCAUCAAAUCAUUAGAGCUGGUCCAUCUCCAUCCCCAGGUGGAACAAGGCUUAUGUAUUCCAGUGUUCUUAAGCUGCAUCUAAUUGCCAGUGUCGGAUGUGUCCUGUUUGUAUUGUUGUAAAUGCUUCAAGAUUUUAUGGAGGGAAAAGAAAUCUGAUCCUUUGGGAUCAUGACUUUUAAAUUGCUCAUGUAAGGAGGUAGCUGAAUCAAUAAUGGCUGUCAAACUGUUAGAAAGGUUUUCUACACUGUCAGAUAGCUUGGGCAGAGGAAGUCUAUCGCUGCUAUCUAGUAGGCUGAGGACUGUUAGAGUUAACCUAAAUUAACAGUUACCGACCAUUUCUGUCGUAAUUCUUACACUGUAUACAUAGCAUGAAUUUUCUGGUAAAAAAAAAAAAUGCAACGCAUCAUAUCAUAUAUGACUGUUCUUGUAUUGUGCCAUUUUUAUACAGACUAUUGCAAACUACUGUAUGUUUUUUCAUAUGCUAAAAUAGACUGCGAACUUAAUGAUUUCUGGAAGUGAUAAAAUAUUCAGGUCUAGAGAGAGAUAAUGUAUAUAAAAUAAAUUGUCUUGAACCUGCAUCAGCAUGUUUUUACCAGUGUAUACACUCACUAUGAAGGUCAAGCUUGCUAUAACACAGUUGAUGACUGUUUUUUUCCAAUAAUAGUCUGAUGUUUUUGCCAAGGUAUGACUGUUUGUGCAUUAACCAUAUCAGAGACUGUUCAAUGAUUAUAUUAAAUAUGUUAGGAUGUAUGUUAUAUGUAUUACACUAUAUAUAAAGAAAUCAUUGCUCAGUAAGCAUCCACUGGUGCUGUUGCAUGUUGACAUAAUGCAGCGAUGAAUAUUCUGUCCUACUGUAAUGUGGAUUAUUAUGAAAUUCUUGUUUGAUACAGCCAUUAAAAUAAAGUUUA